UUGUGUUUGUUUUCUCCUCCCAUUCUCUGUUAGCGUUUUGGGUUUAUGUGAAAAUUUGAUUUUGUUGGUGUAUUUCAACUUUCAAGGGUUUCAUCAUUUUUUUUUUGUGAUUAAAUGCGGUUGGGGGGAUGUAUUUGGGGUCAUCGCCUUUGUCCAUUUGUUGUAUGACAGAAGUUUCUUUUCAUUGAUCGAAUUGACUUUUUAGAUCUUCUGACGAUUCAAAUACAUGCACAUCAUCGAAUUUCGAGGGGAUUAGAAAAAAAAAAAAGAAAAAAAAAGAGUUCUUUCUUUGAUCACUGAUAAGUGCAGGCCUAAUUGGCUCGUCAAUUUCGUCUUAGAAUGUUUGGGAAUUUUUACCACUCAGAUUCGAGGAUUCCCGACCCACAUUGCAAAAGUGUGGCAGUCGACAAUUGAUGUCAAUUUAUUAGAAUAAGAUAAGAUAUUUCUCAAUGCUGAAUUUCACCAGGACACGAACCCAGCCGAGGGCCAAUAGAUCUAUGUCUUUAGGAGGCAUGGAUUACGUAGACCCAAAGAAGAAGAGCAAUGUAUGUGGAAGAAUAUUAAUGGUUUCUACUCUUACGGCGUUGUGCAUUCUUAUGCUUAAGCAAUCCCCAAAUUUCAACACCCCCAGCCAAUUCUCAAGUCACGAAGAAGGUGUUACUCAUGUCUUAGUAACGGGAGGUGCGGGAUACAUUGGUUCACAUGCAGCAUUACGACUUCUUAAGGAUUCCUAUCGUGUGACUAUUGUGGAUAAUCUCUCACGCGGAAAUCUUGGUGCCAUUAAUGUCCUGCAACAACUAUUUCCUGAACCAGGGCGACUUCAGUUUAUUCAUGCCGAUCUUGGUGAUGCAAAAGCGGUGAACAAAAUAUUUUCAGAAAAUGCAUUUGAUGCAGUAAUGCAUUUUGCAGCUGUAGCGUAUGUUGGAGAGAGUACACUUGAUCCCCUCAAGUACUAUCACAAUAUCACGUCGAAUACUUUAGUUGUCUUAGAAGCUAUGUCAGCUCAUGGAGUAAAGACUUUGAUUUAUUCGAGCACAUGUGCAACUUAUGGGGAACCUGACAAGAUGCCCAUUACAGAAAAAACUCCACAGGUUCCGAUAAAUCCAUACGGAAAAGCCAAGAAAAUGGCAGAGGAUAUAAUUCUGGACUUCCAUAAGAACUCUGACAUGGCUGUCAUGAUCUUAAGAUACUUCAAUGUGAUUGGUUCUGAUCCCGAUGGAAGGCUUGGUGAAGCUCCAAGACCUGAAUUACGUGAACAUGGACGAAUAUCUGGAGCUUGUUUUGAUGCUGCUAGUGGAAUCAUUCCAGAUCUGAAGGUUCGAGGAACGGAUUAUAAUACUCCAGAUGGCACGUGCAUACGGGAUUAUAUUGAUGUGACAGAUUUAGUUGAUGCUCAUGUUAAAGCUCUGGAAAAAGCAAAAAUAGGGCAUGUAGGCAUCUAUAAUGUCGGUACAGGAAGAGGAAGAUCGGUGAAGGAGUUUGUGGAGGCUUGUAAGGAGGCAACUGGAGUUUCAAUAAAAGUCGAUUUUCUGCCACGUAGACCGGGUGAUUAUGCAGAAGUUUACAGUAAUCCAACAAAGAUAAACAGUGAGCUAAACUGGACAGCCAAAUACACUAACCUUCAACAAAGUUUGCAGAUAGCAUGGAGAUGGCAGAAGGCACACCUUAACGGGUAUGGUGGGGCCCCACUUGUGAUGUCUGCGUAAAUAAUAAAUAUAAACUUAAAAAAUUUAAAAUCACAGCGGAUCGAGGACUAACAUGAAUCCCGUUUAGAGCCCAAUAUUUUUUUUGCAAUUUUAUAAGUAGUGGUCGAGGAGAGAGGGACUUGAGGCCAGGGGAUGAUCUGAUGUAUUAUUCUUUUACAUUUCUAUUUAUAUACAUUGCAUAGAAUGGUAGGAAGUUUUUUCUCGAUUUAUGAAUUUGUAUCGAAGACAAAUUUAGUUCAAUAAUAAUAGUUGAUGAUAGGUAUAAGUUUUUGUUUUGGGUACCGCAUUCUCGAAUUUAUGUACCAAACAAACCUUUGCGGGA